GGAGAUGACUGAGGCUACUACUGGAGUCCUCCCCGGGGGCGGCGCAGGCGUCCUUCCCUUGUCACCAAACAUGGCCGUUGGGAGCCUUGUUUACAUCUGCUGGAGCCUCUAAACAUUUACUGCCUUGUGUUCCAUCCCCAUGUUGUCUCUUGGAGGUCAAAUGUGUAGCUACCCCAGACUCUACACCUGCCUGAAAGUUGGACAAAAUAAAAGAGAACAGUUUUGGCUUUAAUGGAAGUACAUCUGGUUAAGUGUGGCAUGUAGGGGCAGGGAUUGGUAUGAUCUCUGGAAGCACCGGCAAGACAACUCUCACUGCAAUACUGUACUGUAUUGCUGAGGCGUGUUGGGAAAUUUUUUACACUCUGACUCUACACUCAGUUAAUAUUAGAUCAAGAUGGCAGCUAAGAACAAAUCUGUGAGAAAAAGAGGUAGAGAGUGUCUGGAGAUGAAUGAAAGGGAGGAGGACCAAGAAUCUCCAAUCGUUAUUGCAAAUAUUAAGAGAAGAAAGAAGACAAGAGAUGGAGUGAAGUCAGAGAUUGACAGUGAAAGUGGGAGUACAAAGUUAUCAGGAAAUUCUGUUACACAUACCCCGGUGUGUAAGAUGACAACAUCAAUUGUGACUUUGCGCAGAAACUCAAAUCGUGAUUCUGGGUGGGAUCACAGUAUCAGCACCAGCCCUAUGGUCAAUGUACCAACUUCAAAGAGAGAACAAAACCUUGCAAGUAAUGUUAAGAAAACUUAUGCAUCUGGAAGCAAACAGAUACAAGACAAGAAUGAAAGAUCAAAAAGAAAUUCUAGAUCUAAAUCUUCAUUGUGUGAUCAGCCAAGCAAGGUUGAUGAAAUUGAAGAGAAUAAGAUAAAGGAAGAGGAUACAGGUAAAGGUGUAGAUAAUGACAAAACGGAAAGCUCUACUUUCUCCCCUGAAGCUAAAGUCAGUUUACCGGAAAGGGAAGAAGUGGUCUUGAAAAAUUACACUUUUCCUGAUGAAGGUCAUAAUAAUGACAACUGUGAGUCACACAUGGUAGAGAAAGAUGGCCUGUGGAAGAAUGAGAAUGAAUGUACAGUAUAUGUAACUAGUGAUAUUUCUCAUGAAAGCAAAACAUUCAUAGAAAAUAUUGCAAAAAAUUCAUCUAAAAUUACAGUUAGUGAAGAUUUUAAAGCCUUUGAAACAGAAAUGGCCCCUGCAGGAAACUACAAUCUUUUGGCAACAAUAGCAUCAAAUAUACAGAUGCCACAAGACCAUCAUUCCCUCCCCCAAACUGUACGUUCUGUCAGCAGUCCCAGGGUUCCAGUGUCUCAAGUAAUGCCAAAUUUGAGUGCCAACACGUCAGCCAUUACUGCUAUCCCUACUCCCAUUGCAACAUUUCCAAUGUUACCAGAUAUGACUAGAGAUGUACCUGGAGGAACAGUGUUCACAGUGGGCAUUGCUAAUUCAGACUCAAAAAAAGAUCAUUACUCUGAUCUGGUAUCAUCUGUCUCCUCAUUUGCUUGCUCUAGUCAUAACUCUUUAAAUUUUGUAUCAUCUAAUCCUACCUGCAGCAUGAUUACUGUUGACAAGAACAAUCUACACAUGAACAGGUUUACUUCAAGCAGAGAUGGAGAGGAUCACAAAAAUAUACAGUUAGAACGUCCUGUGGUUCAAAGAAGUCCUUCUUCAAUACCUAUAGUUCAAAUUGAUGAUGACAGUGAGUCAUUGUUGAUAGAAAGGGAUUAUACUCAAGUACCUGUUAGCAGCUCGACACUGGCAAGUUCCACACCAGAGAGAGCUACUAGCACCGCCUCCCCCGGGGCAACAAGUAAUGGCCGGGUCCACAGUGCAUCUAACUUUCUGCGGGUGGACAACUGGGCUACGUACCUAUUACAGAGACUAGAACUUCUAUAUGAGCGUGAACAAGAGUGUGACCUAGUGCUUAAAUUCUCCACUGGAGAAACAUUAAAGGUUCACCGUGCUAUUGUGUGGGCUUGUACGUCAUUAUUGUCUGAGCCUCACCUUGUGCAGCGAGAAGGGGAGUUUGUCAUGCCAUCAGACCUGAAGUGUGCAAGUGUUGGACCGGUUAUAAGAUUUUUGUAUAGUGGAAGACUGGACGUUCAGGGAACACGUAAUGAAGUGAGUGGCAUAUACGCUGCUGCACAGAGGCUUCAGGUGCCACCCCUCACUCGGCUGAUGGAUCGGCGCUUCCCAUAUCUCUCUCCUUCAAAUCGUGUGAAAACGAGGUUACCCAUAUGGAAGAGAAGCCCUGAAAAAUCCUUAAGGUUUAGUAAGCAACACCCAGCAAAGGUCUCCAACAAGACUGCCAGUACAGGUAAAAGGGUGGUGCCUCCUGCGGACGCAUUUCAUAGUGUCCGUCAGGUAUCCACUACUGAUGGAGGAGAUACCUCAGCUGGGACCUCAAGAGAAGUUGGAGAAGUGACUAAUAUAAAAGACACAGCAGAAGGUACAGGUAGUAGUGUGAGAGUAGAGGAGGAUGAGGAGGGGGAAGAGGAUGAUGAAGGGCAGGAUGGAUCAGUAUAUUUGCUGGUGACCAACAGUCAGAAGAUAGCAAAAGCUAAUGCUGCUGUCAGGCGCAAAAGACCAGUUGAAGAGGCUAGACCAACAAGAUUUGAACUUGAAGAAGACCCUGAAAAUGCUUCUGUGACAAUAGCUACUUGGUCAUCCAAAAGUCCACCAUUAUCACCCCUCUUUGUAGCCACUUGUGUUCCUAGCCAAGAUGGCAGUAUCUCGUCUUGCACCACUUCAUUUACCUCUACAGAGUCACUGUCUCCAAAUCCUCUUGAUAUAUCCAAUUUUACUCCUAGAGCACCACAGUGUACAGCGAGAUAUAAGUCUUCUGCCAGCUCCAACGUUGGUCUAACAGGUUUGGCCACGACUCAAAAUAGUUCUCACUCUCAGGAUCCAUUUUCUCUCCUUACUCAAGUAGUAUCUGUUGAACAAAGUACAAUGUCUAAGUCGGAGGAAGAUAUUAACGUCAGAAAAGUUGAAGAUGUUUCUGGUAGUCCAAAUUCAAAGUCACUUAAAGCUCAGGAUUUGAUAAUUGAGGAUGAUGACACUAUUGGGGAUGAUGACAUUGGGAAAGAUAGUGAUGAGUUAAUGGAAAAGAUAUCUAGUAUAUGUAAACAACUUGAGGAAAGAGAUUCAGAGGAAAAUGAAUGUGAAAAUAAAGAGGUGUUUGUAGCGUGUGACUAUAAGAUGGAAAUGGUGGAUUGUGACACAUCAUUAACAGAAAACCCACUACAGAUUUCACACGUGGCCGAGGAAGAUACUCCCCUCGAUAGCAAAGAUCCGUUGGUGAUAAGUAAUUCUAGUGUACCGGUGAAGUCGAUACUUAAAAAGAAAAAAGAUAAAAGUGACACAAAUAAAUUGAAGAAACAUGUAUCAUUUCCUCUUGAUGAAAACAAUGAACUGAUCAAUGAGGUGGCAACAUAUUCUCAUGCAAAGGAACCUGCCCAGUCUCUUAUUGAGGUUCAGAAAUCUGUCGGGAGUUUUAAGUCAAAUGAUAACUUGUACUCGCCAGUGAAGUUGACUUUGUCUUUGAAGAAAAAGGUCUUGAUGAAUUUAUCUCUGAGUGACUCCGAGGUCAGUGAAUCUCCAAGUCACGAGGAGGAAAAGGUUAAGGACAAAAAAGACGGCAAUUCUACGAGUCAGUCUACUAGUCAGGAAACUUCAAGAAAGGCAGAAAGUGGUUGUGAAGUGUUGUGCCAGAAAGUGACAGGAAGUUCUCAACUAGCAGUUUGGAAUACUACUACAUGCACUUCCUGGUAUCUUCAUAUGGCAUCUAAGUACAGUAUGCAAAUUGAGUCUUUAAUUUCUAUGUUGAUUAUGAUAUUUCAUAUCAGUUCAUUAUUAUCGAUACAGUACUUACACAAAGCAUUAUUCACCUCACCGAAUCAUCUCUAUACCUAGUGUCCAUCUUUUUUCCAAACUUCAUCUGAAUCUCACACCUUUAACCAUCUUGUCUUGAAUAUCCUUAAUCCACUUGCCGUAUACUGUACUACACAUGCCCAUACCAGUUUUCUCAUCCAUAUUCCUUUUGUAUCAGAAAUGUUUGAUCAAUACACUAUAGUUUUCUGUAAAACUUGCUUGCCUGACCUACAUUUAAUUUUUUAAUGCUUCUUGCUCAGUCAAUUAACUAACCUUCUCUUAUGAAAGGAAAAAAAAGUUCUAUAAACAAUCCACUGUUACAGUACAGUAUACAGUAAAGUCCCAAUUGAUGAGAAUUCAGUUUAAUAACCUUAUUGAUUUAAGGUACACUGCAUUUCUCCUCAUGCAUACAGUCCCUGAUGUGCUGCAGAUUGGCCAGACAAUAAUGAUCCCCGAUUUUAAGCAUUCAGCUGAUAUUGGGUUAUCUCGCCCCCUGGUAGGAUGUUAGUCCGUUAAAAGGUAGCUCCACCAUUGACGGACACACCCAGUAGUGCACUCAUUUACUGCUGAGUGCACAAAGGCUGGUGUAGAAGGAGGGAUCCAGUUCUUCACUCUGGUUGGAAAUCACAGUGCUGACUGUUAGCGUGUGAGGUGAACUACGAGUUGAGCUCCAUAUAUCAGGUAAUCUUUAUUUAUGACUUACCCCACAUACAGUAGUUAAUGCAAAACAGUACAGUUAUAUUAAUUCCUGUCAUUGAAGUGAAAAUCAGUAACAUAUAGAGGUUAGGUUACUGUUGUAUUGUGGUCAUACAGUAUUGUAGUUGUUACAAGAAGGUGUAUGUUUAGAGGCAUGACAAACACAUGGUAGUUUUGUACUACCCAGUAAACACUAAUAAAACCUAACUAAUUCCUGCUAAACCUAACCAGUAGCUAACCAUAACACCAAGUAUAAAGGAGUUAUAAAAUAGUACAGUAUUUUCACUCUCUCUGUCAUGUACAGUAUAAUAUUUAUUUGUAGUAGCAUUAUAUUAUGGCCAUCAGUAUCUAGGUACUUAUUUGGUACUGUACUUACAUCAUCGAGGACAAAAUCCUUAUUAGUUUGUAUGUUUGUGUGUAAUUACAAAUACAAUAUGUAAAAAAUUUACAGUACAUACAGGCAUUCUAUUUACAAAAGGGUUCCAUUCUUGAAAAACCUUUUGCAAAUCAAUUCUUCAUAAAUUGGAUCAAAUUCCCCAUACGGUAAACGCCCAUUACAAAACUGAGAAAUGUUCCUAUGAAAAAACUUUCCCAAAUGUCUUAAAAAAUUUUAUGUACACAUUUAUUAUAAGACAAUGGUAAAUAUAAUAAGUGUAAUACUGUACUGUAUAUGCUGUGCAGUAUAGUAAUGAUUUUAUACCUGUAUACUUAUGAGAAAUCAGAUGAGAUUUUAAAUUAAUUGAACAUUAUGAAACACUGAGCCAACAUCUAUAAUAAAUAUAUUUAUUGAUAAUACCAGUAUGUUUUUUAUGAGAAAAACAAUCCCACAGACAACUCAUGGAUCAUUGCAUCAUCCUAAAUUACCAUAGUGCAUGCUGCUGUCAGUCAGCUUACACUACAGUCAUGCCAUCAAUAUCCACACCUCCAAACUUGCAAUCACUUCUAAAUUCCACACUUUCUCUUACAACUCUGCAACCUUUAUUGUACAUAAUUAACAUAUGAAAUAUAAGAACACAAAAUAAAUUUCUUUAUAUAGUUUCCACAUACUGUAUUUCGUAUAAGAGAAUAAGUGAGGAGGGAUUGGACAACAGGCAACUGAUCAGGUGGCUGUGCUGUCACUUGUCACUGUCCCUAGUGAUUUUGAGGAAUAAGUUGUAUGCAGUACAGUACUGUACAGUAUAUGUAUAUUUGUGUAUGCAGCACAGGGAAGUCCCACUUGAUAAACGAUAGGUGAAUUCUUAUUCAACAGAACCCGCGUUCCCAUAGGAUCCCAUGUUAAAAGCUGAGACUUGUUCCAGCUCAAAUAUAUUUGACCCUAAACCCCACGGUAUAAACUUAGAUGCACUCCGACCCUAAGACCAAACCUAUCAAAGAUUGAACAUUAUUUUAGUGCACUUAACAGGGGUACCUACCAGAUCUAAAAAUGAAUGCUGUUUGUUGGUCAAGCAUUAUUGUUUAAAGGUGUAAAUAGUUGAUGGCUGGAGGGGACAGACAGCUUCCUAUGUCUCUCCCGGUACAGAUAUCACGCAUAUUCACACCACAAUCCAGUAGCUAUAGUAUACACGCACUCCAAAAAGUAUCUUUAUGGCGGGGUUUGAUGAAUUUCAAUACAAAUGCCGCGAUUCAUUUUGUCUUGGUAGGAUUGUCAAAAUCCUUCGUCCGUUGUGUCAUAUUGUCUAACACAAAAUCGUCAAGAUACUAUUUGGAGCGUGUAUGUACAUCCAGUUUUGUCUCCAAGGUGACUUGUUGCUCUUCGUCCUUGUGAAAAGAGACUAAGAACGUCUUGGUCAGUGUACUGUGUCAGUGUCUUGCCUCUGUCCUUACACUUGUCUUCCACUCAUCUUCCCCAAUUAUUUAUUUCUGUUUCCCCAUCAACCACUAUAGAGAUACAAGAGGGAGAGGAGUUAAUAAAAGUUAGUAAAGUUACUAAAAUUAUAAACCAGAUAUUAUACACAGUUUGACCACUUUAAUUACACACUGUUAAGAUAUGUAAGAACAUCAUCAUCAUCCCCUUGUAAAGAAUAAUAUUGACAACAGAGCUAAUGGCUAUUACUGUACCGACUUGCCAUCUACAUUCGCUGACACAAGGCGAGACUGGUUACCCCUUCACUACGGGACGCCACUUUUAACAUUUCGUUUCUCUUAUGUCAGAUGAUUUUAUUGAGAUCAGAGGGGGCCCCAUAGACAAGGGUUUAAUAUGAGAUGUAAAUUUUAGUCAUUGUAAGGGAGUGACUAGCCUUAACUCUAUGUGAAAAUUUAUCUUAUUUAUGAGGAACAACUGUGAUUACUCUGUAACCUAAGAUGAGAAUGAAAUGUUUCACUUGCAUGUCUCUACUAACCAUGACUAAGUACUGUAUCAUUAAUAUCAAAACUUGGUGUUGACUACCUUGAGAGUAACCAUUAAGGAACUUGUAGAUACAUACUGUAAUGUAGUUUAAAUAGAGAAUUUCUGCAGUCUUAAUCCAUCUUCUACCUGACUUUGUUUAUGUACUUUUGUAGAAUUUUUAGCUAAUAGGAGCAAUAAUAUUUGUAUAAGAUUGAACUUCAUUAAGUAUAAAUAUAAAUAUAUAAAUAUAUAUAUGUGUACAGUAUAUAAAUAUCUAUUUGACCUAAUUGUAUAUGAUAUUUAAGUGUAAUUUAUGUACAUUGAGAUUCGAUUAUUUAUGGUACGUAUAUGAUUGUGUUGUAUUUAAUAGGGAUUCAUGUUACAGUGUUAAUUUUAAAGUAUUAUCCAUUUGUAAUACAGACGCAUAGUA